UACGCAAUUAAUAACAACAAAUCAAAAUAAUAUUGAUGAUAAUCAAAGGAUUAUUAAAAUUGGGGAUUGUAAUAUUGAUCAAAUGCAUUCAGAAACAUUAAUUCAAGAGCAAAUGAUAAAACAAGAGGAAAAUAUUGAUGAUCACGUACGAUUAAUUAAAGAUGAAAGUAUUAAAAUUGAACAAUUACAUUCAGAGUUGAUAUUUAAAAAUGAAGUACUUGAAGAACCCCAAACAAACCAUUUUUAUGUUGAACCAUUGACGCAUCAAACUAAAACCAAUGAAGAUAGGUUACCUCCGUUACAUUUAUGUGAUAUUUGUAAUAAAACAUUUACAGACAUAAAAAGUUUAGUUUUACAUAAACGGACUCAUACUAGAGAAAUAUACUCAUGUGAUAUUUGUAAUAAAACAUUUCCCUAUCAGUGUAAUUUAAUGCGACAUUUACGAAUUCAUACAGGAGAAAAACCAUAUUUGUGCGAUAUUUGUGAUAAAACAUUUUUCGAUCAUAGCACUUUAAAUCAACAUAAAAUUAUUCAUACCGAAGAAAAACAGUAUUCAUGUGAUACUUGUAAUAAAACAUUCGCCUACAAACACACUUUAAUUCGACAUAAACGAAUACAUAUCGGAGAAAAAUCACAUUCAUGUCUUAUUUGCAAUAAAUCAUUUGUCCAAAAGGAGUAUUUAAAUAAACAUGAACGCAUUCAUACCAGAGAAAAAUCAUAUUCGUGUGAUAUUUGUGAUAAAACAUUUUCCCAUCAAAUCACUUUAAAAAAACAUAAAAUAAUUCAUACCAAAGAAUGUAAUAUUUGUAACAAAACAUUUAGCCAACAUUCUUACUUAGUUACACACAAACGAAUUCAUACUGGAGAAAAAUCAUUUUCAUGUGAUGUUUGUAAUAAAACAUUUACCCAAGUCUGCCAUUUAGUUACACAUAAACGAAUUCAUACCGGGGAAAAACCAUACUCUUGUGAUGUUUGUAAUAAAUCAUUUACCCAACUCAAUAGUUUACUUACACAUAAAAGAAGAUAUCAUACUGGAGAAAAACCAUACUCAUGCGAUUCUUGUAAUAAGUCAUUUACUCAGAAAACGGAUUUAGUAACACAUAAACGAUCUCACACGGGACAAAAACCAUAUUCUUGUAAUGUUUGCAACAAGAAAUUUAGCUCUAGUAGUAAUUUACUUACACAUAAACGAAUUCAUACAAGAGAAAAACCAUAUUCAUGUGAAAUUUGUAACAAAAAGUUUACUCAGCAUGGCAAUUUACUUAAACAUAAAGAAGUUCAUACCAAAGAAAAAUAGUCACGUAAGAUAUAAUAGCAGUUUUUAGUUUUCUUGGCGAUUGGAAACAAAACAAUUUCAAAUGUUUAAAUUAUGGGAAAAUCAGGAGAACUCGGGUUAAGUCAAAGCGUGCUUAAGAGUUUCCAUUUAUAGUUAUAGCACCGAACAAUA